AUGCUGCUCAAGGAGAAAAGGACAAAGCUUCCCUUCCUUCCUGGAGGCGACUCAUCAGACACUGAGGUGCGUAUGGAGGGCAGCCCCAUCUCCUCCUCUUCCUCUCAGCUGUCCCCCAUCCCUCCUUAUGGGGGCACCCACACCUCUCGGCCCUCUAGCACGGGCCUGGAGGAUGUCAGCCCCACGCCCCUGCCUGACUCAGAUGAUGAGGAGCCUAUCCCUGGAACAGGCUUGCUCCUCGAGAGGGUCAUCUCCCCAGACCAUCUCCAUGGGAAGAACGCCAGUGACCUGAAGGAUGGUCGCCUCGGAAACCACACACCCACAGACAAAUUGGAGGUAAGAACUAACAGUAUCAUCCUAACUUUGGGUAGAAGCACAGUUUAGAAAGUUAGGGAUGGAAAUGGGGAAUAGAUAGUCCAUUCCAUACAUGACAUGUUAUUGGCCACAGUAGUAUUAUUGCUGUGGAGAUGUCUGCUUGCAGCUUGAUCUAUUUGGCAGUUAUAGAGGGGGCACAGGAAGUAAACAGGCCUGCGCUUUCUCUUUUGUUUCAUUCUUCUGCUAUUAGAGGAAAUGGUUUAUUCUGGUUUCACAGCAAACAGUGACUGUAAUUGUAUGGGUCAAUUCCAAACUUGGUAUGCUGUGAAGUUAUCAACAACAUACAGUGAUACAGAAUGUUUGAGUGGUUUGUUUUUCCCCUGCCAUUGGAUCUCUCAAAGAUAUACACUUCAUAUGUUUGAUUGGCUUUGUGUUUGAAAGCCAUGUAUUAAUAAUUUAGAAAUAAAUGCAAAGCUCCUAAAGUUGCUAGUUAAUUCUCUACAUGGCACAAGAAAACAUUGCACCCAACACUCCGAAGUGUGGACAUGUAUCAGAGAAACAUCAAGCAAAUGCUUUAAAACCUGAUCCCAGAGCAAUUUGACAGUCAAAGUAAGUGGCAGUACAGUUGCGGUACAAUUCUAGGGCCUAAUAGGCUACCUAUCGGUUCAACUAGUCUUUGAUAGUCAAGGAAAAAUACUUUAGGAAGUAAUUCUUCUCUUGAUGAGUAAACAGUUAUUUUCCUCAUGUUUGGUACUCACUGUUUGUAACUAGCCUGUGCCCUGGUAGUAGUAGACUCACACCCAGUGCUGUGACUGGGAAAGAGAAACCUGACUCCUUCUGCUGUUGGGGAAUAGAAAACACUUUCACUUUCUCUUUCUAAAGCUCAUGGGACUCAUUGUCAGGGGAGGAGUAGCCUACAUGGCCUGCUGGCCGUUGGUCCCAUUCAACACUCACCACAUACUGGUUCUGUUGAACCUGACAAUCAGGAUUGAUCACACAGCCCUGUAUGUUUCAUGUUAUCAUAAACCAACAUUUCAAUAAGAUGACCAAUUUGGCACACACACGCCACUCCUCAUGCUUUUUGAGUCUUUGUGAUUUUGUUUGUUUCAUGAAUCAUGAUUUCAUUGCCACCCAGAUAUGAUUUGUUUAACAAUGAUGGCUAGGAUUAAUGGGUUGGGGCAUACAUUUGUAAUUUUAUUCAUUUAUGUUACUGGGGCGAUUCCAGUGUUUUGGACAAUGCAUUUUUCGCGCAAAAUCACAACUUUAAUGUCUCACAGAAUGGACAAAUAUGGAUAUUUUUGAAAAGAUUGCCAUUUACAUUAUUACUAUAGAGAGGAAAAUCAACCAUAAUGGAUGUUACACCCUCCGCUAUGGAUGUUAGAGUCUGAAAUAGACAUUCAAAUCGUAAAGAUUUCAUGAUCAAAAUCUAUCAUAGCACAUUUGUUGCCAUUUGGUAUGUUUUUAAAAUGUCAGCAGAAUGCAUAGUAACUCAUGACCCCUUGACUUUUUCCACAUUUUGUAACGUUACAGCCUUAUUCUAAAAUUGAUUUAAAUUUGUUUUUUUCCCCUCAUCAAUUUACACUCAAUAACCCAUAAUGACAAAGUGUCAAAUGGCUGAGGUUAAUGUGGUGUGGGAGUCAGGCGCAGGACACCGAAGCUUAGUCCAACAAAUUUUACUAGUGCAAACCAAAGCACAAUACAAUGAACGGCCUCAACAAUAAACAGAGGCAAGCGAUUACGCAAACUGUGCGUAAACCAAUAAAACAAUAAACAGAGAAAAAAUACGCAGCACUAACGGACAGGCGGAUAACAACACACAACCUAACCAACACCAAACAGGCAACUUAUAGGACACACAAUUAGACACAAACGGACACAGGUGCAACAGACAGACAAAAGCAAUCAAACAUCGAAACAUUCAACGGUGGCAGCUAGUACUCCGGGGACGACGAACGCCGAAGCCUGCCCGAACAAGGAGGAGGAGCAGCCUCGGCAGAAUCCGUGACAGUACCCCCCCCCCCCUUGAUGCGCGGCUCCAGCCGUGCGCCGACCCCGGCCUCGGGGACGGCCAGGAGGACGCGGACCCGGGCGCGUGGGAUGACCACGGUGGAACUCAGUCAGGAGGGAUGGAUCUAGGAUGUCCCUCCUAGGCACCCAGCACCGUUCCUCCGGACCGUACCCCUCCCACUCCACGAGAUACUGGAGACCACUCAUCCGGCAUCUCGAGUCCAAGAUGGUCCGGACCCUGUACGCCGGAGCCCCCUCGAUGUCCAAUGGGGGCGGAGGGGUCUCUCCUAUCUCAUCUUCCUGGAGUGGACCAGCUACCACCGGCCUGAGAAGAGACACAUGGAACGAGGGGUUAAUAUUCUUAUAAUCAAUAGGCAGUUGUAACCUGUAACACACCUCGUUCAAUCUUCUCAGGACUUUAAAGGGCCCCACAAACCGCCGACCCAGCUUCCGGCAGGGCAGGCGGAGGGGCAGGUUUCGAGUCGAGAGCCAGACUCGAUCUCCCGGUGCGUAUACCGGUCCCUCACUGCGGUGGCGAUCGGCGCUCGCCUUCUGUCGACGGAUGGCCCACUGCAGAUGGACAUGUGCCGCGUCCCACGUCUCCUCCGAGCGCCGAAUCCACUUAUCCACCGCAGGAGCCUCGAUCUGGCUCUCGUGCCAUGGUGCCAGAACCGGCUGAUACCCUAAAACACACUGGAAAGGUGUUAGAUUGGUGGAGGAGUGGCGGAGAGAGUUCUGUGCCAUCUCUGCCCAUGGGAUAUACCUUGACCACUCCUCCGGCCGGCCCUGGCAAUAGGACCUCAGAAACCUACCCACAUCCGGGUUGACUCGUUCUACCUGCCCAUUGCUCUCUGGGUGGUAACCCGAGGUAAGGCUCACCGAGACCCCCAAGCGUUCCAUGAACGCCCCCCAGACUCUGGAGGUGAACUGGGGACCUCGGUCAGACACUAUAUCCUCGGGCACCCCAUAGUGCCGGAAAACGUGGGUAAAUAGGGCCUCAGCGGUCUGUAGGGCAGUAGGGAGACCCGGCAUUGGGAGGAGACGACAGGCCUUGGAAAACCGAUCCACAACGACCAAAAUAGUGGUAUUCCCCUGGGAGGGGGGAAGGUCUGUCACAAAAUCCACCGAGAGGUGGGACCAUGGUCGUUGUGGAACGGGCAGGGGAUGUAACUUUCCCCUGGGCAAAUGUCUAGGCGCCUUACACUGGGCGCACACCGAGCAGGAGGAGACAUACACCCUCACAUCCCUAGCUAACGUUGGCCACCAGUAUUUCACGCUAAGGCAGUGAACUGUCCGGCCAAUACCUGGAUGUCCAGAGGAGGGUGAUGUAUGAGCCCAAUAAAUAAGGCGGUCACGAACCUCGAGCGGAACAUACGUCCGCCCCACCGGACACUCUGGGGGAGUAGGGUCAGUACGCAGUGCCCGCUCGAUCUCCGCAUCUACCUCCCACACCACCGGAGCCACCAGACAAGACUCCGGCAGUAUGGGAGUAGGCUCAAUGGACCUCUCCUCUGUGUCAUACCACCGGGACAGGGCAUCUGCCUUACCGUUCUGGGACCCUGGGAUGUAUGUGAUCUUAAAAACAAACCGGGUUAGGAACAUGUUCCACCUAGCCUGACGAGGGUUUAGUCUCCUAGCUGCCCGGAUGUACUCCAGGUUACGGUGGUCAGUCAGAAUGAGGAAAGGGUGUUGAGCCCCCUCAAGCCAAUGUCUCCACACCUUUAGGGCCUGGACUACAGCUAACAGCUCCCUGUCCCCUACGUCAUAAUUACGCUCCGCCGAGCUGAGCUUCUUAGAAUAGAACGCACAGGGGCGGAGUUUAGGUGGCGUGCCGGAUCGUUGCGACAGGACUGCCCCAAUACCGGCCUCGGACGCGUCUACCUCAACUUGGAAUGGUAAAGCGGGAUCCGGAUGCGCCAGCACCGGAGCCGAAGUAAACAGGUUCUUUAGUUUAACAAAUGCCCUGUCCGCCUCAGCUGACCACUGCAAACGCACCGGACCCCCCUUUAGCAGGGACGUAAUGGGAGCUGCCACCUGUCCAAAGCCCCGGAUAAACCUCCGGUAGUAAUUAGCAAAACCCAAAAACUGCUGCACCUCUUUUACAGUGGUUGGAGUUUGCCAAUUACGCACGGCCGACACACGGUCAACCUCUAUCUUCACACCAGACGUGGACAAUCGAUAACCCAAAAAGGAGACGGACUCCUGGAAAAACAAGCAUUUCUCUGCCUUGACAUACAAGUCAUGCUCCAACAGCCUCCUCAACACUCGGCGCACCAGGGCUACAUGCUCGGCUCGUGUAGAUGAGUACACUAGGAUGUCGUCGAUGUAUACUACCACACCCUGCCCAUGCAUGUCCCGGAAAAUCUCGUCAACAAAGGAUUGGAAGACUGAAGGAGCAUUCAUUAACCCGUAUGGCAUGACGAGAUACUCGUAAUGACCCGAGGUGGUGCUAAAUGCUGUUUUCCAUUCAUCCCCCUCCCUAAUGCGCACCAGAUUGUACGCGCUCCUGAGAUCUAACUUUGUGAAGAACCGCGCUCCGCGUAAUGACUCCGUCAUAGUCGCAAUCAGAGGAAGAGGGUAACUGUACUUAACCGUGAUCUGAUUGAGACUACGGUAAUCAAUACACGGGCGCAAACCCCCGUCCUUCUUCUUCACAAAGAAGAAACUCGAGGAAACCGGGGAAGUGGAGGACCGUAUGUAUCCCUGUGCCAAGGACUCGGCUAUGUAAGUCUCCAUAGCCGCUGUCUCCUCUUGAGACAGGGGAUACACACGGCUCCGCGGAAGUGCCGCUCCUGUUUGGAGAUCUAUCGCACAAUCCCCCUGUCUAUGAGGUGGUAGCCGUGUUGCCCUCGUUUUGCUGAACACAAGUGCUAAAUCCUCAUAUUCAGGGGGAAUGCGCAUUGCGGGCACUUGGUUCGGACUCUCCACCGAGGUCGCCCCUAAGGAAACACCUAGACAUCUCCCUACACACUGGGCAGACCACUCCAUAAGAGCUCUCUGUUGCCAAGCAAUGGUAGGAUCAUGGGCGCUUAACCAGGGAAGCCCCAGCACCACGGGAUACGCAGGAGAGUCGAUCAGAUAAAACUGAAUGAUCUCCCUGCGUCGUCAUCUUAAGUGGUGCUGUGACUUCUCUGAUCAACCCCGACCCCAGCGGCCGGCUGUCUAGGGCAUGAACAGGAAAGGGGGCUUCUACCGGCCGAAGGGGAAUUCCUAACCUAUAACAACAUUUACGAUCAACAAAGUUCCCAGCUGCGCCUGAAUCUACUAGCGCCUUAUGCUGGGAAUGAGGUGCCACCUGUGGAAAUCUCACAGGUAUACACAAGUGACCAACAGAGAGCUCUGGGUAAGUGGGACGCCUACUCACCUGAAAUGACUCCCCAGUGCGUGACCUGUUGUCCCCUCUCCCAGGAGACCCUCCCCAGCACCUAGCCGCAGUGUGUCCUCCACGGCCACAGUUGGUGCAGGGGAUGGCCCCCCUCGGGUUCUCUCUCCUCCUCUCCCUAGCGCCAGCACCCCCGAGCUCCAUGGGAACCGGCUCGGAGGUGCUGGAGGGUGGAAUGGACGACCCCCACUCGGGACGUCCGCGGGUAGCCAGCAGGGUGUCGAGACGGAUGGAAAUGUCCACCAACUGGUCGAAGGAUAGGUUGGUGUCCCUGCAGGCCAGCUCACGACGAACGUCCUCUCGUAGGCUACACCGGUAAUGGUCGAUGAGGGCCCUCUCAUUCCACCCCGCAUCCGCCGCUAGAGUCCGGAACUCCAGGGCGAACUCCUGUGCACUCCUCUUCCCCUGUCGGAGGUGGAACAGAUGCUCCCCCGCCGCCUUCCCCUCAGGUGGAUGAUCGAACACAGCCCUGAAGCGGCGGGAGAACUCCGCGUAGGUGAUGGUGGCGGCGUCUAUUCCCCUCCAUUCGGCGUUGGCCCACUCCAACGCCUUGCCGGAUAGACAGGAGAUGAGGGCGGAGACGCUCUCGUAUCCCGAGGGCGCCGGCUGUAUGGUGGCCAGGUAGAGUUCCACCUGCAGGAGGAACCCCUGACACCCGGCUGCAGAACCAUCAUAUGCCCUCGGGAGCGAGAGCCGAAUGCCACUGGGUUCCGGUGCUGGGAGAGGAGGACUGGCCGAUGGUGAUGGUAAGGUGUGCGAAGGCGUGGGCACCUCUCCCGUAACCAAUCGGCGCAGCGUGUUGGACACCUCGUUCAUGGCGGCCCCAAGUUGCCGGAUCAUGGUGUCUUGGUUGCUGAUCCGAUCCUCCAGCGACUUGGGGCCCGCCGCUGCUCCUGCUGACCUUAUAAGCGGUGUGUUGUUCUGUCAAAUGGCUGAGGUUAAUGUGGUGUGGGAGUCAGGCGCAGGACACCGAAGCUUAGUCCAACAAAGUUUACUAGUGCAAACCAAAGCACAAUACAAUGAACGGCCUCAACAAUAAACAGAGGCAAGCGAUUACGCAAACUGUGCGUAAACCAAUAAAACAAUAAACAGAGAAAAAACACGCAGCACUAACGGACAGGCGGAUAACAACACACAACCUAACCAACACCAAACAGGCAACUUAUAGGACACACAAUUAGACACAAACGGACACAUGUGCAACAGACAGACAAAAGCAAUCAAACAUCGAAACAUUCAACGGUGGCAGCUAGUACUCCGGGGACGACGAACGCCGAAGCCUGCCCGAACAAGGAGGAGGAGCAGCCUCGGCAGAAUCCGUGACACAAAGCAAAAACUUUUGCACAUUUAUAUAAAAAAAAAAAGGUUACAUAACAUUUACAUAAGUAGUCAGACCCUUUACUCAGUACUUUGUUGAAGCACAUUUGGCAGCAAUUACAGCCUUGAGUUUUCUUGGGUAUGACGCUACAAGCUUGGAACACCUGUAUUUGGGGAGUUUCUCCCAUUCUUCUCUGCAGUUCCUCUCAAGCUCUGUCAGGUUGGAUGGGGAGCGUCAUUGCACAGCUAUCUUCAGGUCUCUCCAGAGAUGUUCGAUCGGCUUCAAGUCUGGGCUCUGGCUGGGCCACUCAAGGACAUUCAGAGACUUGUCCCAAAGCCACUCCUGCGUUGUCUUGGCUGUGUGCUUAGAGUCAUUGUCCUGUUGUAAGGUGAACCUUCUCCCCAAUCUGAGGUCCUGAGUGCUCUGGAGCAGGGUUUCAUCAACGAUCUCUCUGUACAUUGCUCUGUUCAUCUUUUCCUCGAUCCUGACUAGUCUCCCAGUCCCUGCUGCUGAAAAACAUCCCCACAGCAUGAUGCUGCCACCACCAUGCUUCACCGUAGGGAUGGUGCCAGGUUUCCUCUAGACGUGGCACUUGGCAUUCAGACCAAAGAGUUCAAUCUUGGUUUCAUCACUCUAGAGAAUUUUGUUUCUGAUGGUCAGAGUCCUUUAGGUGCCUUUUGGCAAACUCUAAGCAGGCUGUCAUGUGCCUUUUACUGAGGAGUGACUUACGUCUGGCCACUCUACCAUAAAGGCCUGAUUGGUGGAGUGCUGCAGAGAUGGUUGUCCUUCUGGAAGGUUCUCCCAUCUCCACAGAGGAACUCUGGAGCUCUGUCAGAGUGACCAUCGGGUUCUUGGUCACCUCCCUGACCAAGUCCCUUCUCCCCAGAUUGCUCAGUUUGGCUGUGCAGCCAGCUCUAGGAAGAGUCUUGGUGGUUCCAAACUUCUUCCAGUUAAGAAUGAUGGAGGCCACUGUGUUCUUGGGGACCUUCAAACCUGCAGAAAUGUUUUGGUACCCUCCCCCAGAUCUGUGCCUCGACACAAUCCUGUCUCCGCGCUCUAGGACGAUCCCUUCGACCUCAUGGCUUGGUUUUUGCUCUGACACGCACUGUCCACUAUGGGACUUAUAUAGACAGGUGUGUGCCUUUCCAAAUCAUGUCCAAUCAAUUGAAUUUACCACAGGUGGACUCCAAUCAAGUUAUAGAAACAUCUCAAGGAUGAUCAAUGGAAACAGGAUGCACCUGAGCUCAAUUUCUAGUCUCAUAGCAAAAGGUCUGAAUACUUAUGUAAAUAAGGUAUUUAUGUUUUUUAUUUUUAAUAAAUGUGCAAAAAUGUCUAAACCUGUUUUUGCUUUGUCAUUAUGGGGUAUUGUGUGUAGACCGUUGAGAAGGAAAAAAACGAUGUAAUCAAUUUUAGAAUAAGGCUGUAACGUAAGAAAAUAUGGAAAAAGUCAAGGUGUUAAUGCUUUCUGAAUGCGCUGUAAUUACAGGUAGCCUGAAUAGUAUACAAGGCCAGACGUCAUAGGUUUUUUCUCUUUAUAUGUAUCAAAAUUAACCCGUACCAGUUGAAUUUAGAUGCACAUAUAUAACAACAAUUAUAUUCAAAUUUUUCUGAAAUAUUGUAACAUAAUAUGCAAAUGAGACAUUAUAGAUGUGCAUACACUGCCAAUCCAUUUUUCAGGACACUGAUGAAGUCAGCAUAUUUUGGGGUGCUUUCAUUUGAAAAAGACACUCCAGGACUAUUCACAGAUUGUUGAAAAACACUUAUCUUGCUAUCUAAGAAACAAUACUGCCAUGUAUGAGAAAGGCAUUUCAGCAUCUAUUUUCCAAGAGAAUCUUAGCUAGAACACAUAAUUUUCAAGAUAUCAAUUGCUUCAUUAAAAGGCCUGAAGAGUGUCCCAGAACAAGCACACAAAAUAUGGUGAAUGCACAAGCUUCUGAAGCGAAGAUAUGAUACAUCAAUAUCAUCACAUAAUGCUGAAAAAGGAUACUGCCAAUGAAGAGAAACCAAUAGACCAUAUAAAACCUUGAUGAAAGUUUCAAGAUGAUCCGAUGUAAGGUGCUUGUUAUACAAAAUAUUUUCCUAAAAAAAACUUGAUGGAUGUUAACAUUGCCUGUCCCAGUCAACCCCUAUCUUUACAAGACUAGAACAAGCAAACAAAACUCAAGACAUUUCAAUUUGGUCUGUAUUGCUUCAUUAAAGGUCCAAUACAGCCAUUUUUUAUGUCAAUAUCAAAUCAUUUCUGGGUAACAAUUAAGUACCUUACUGUGAUUUGUUUUCAAUUAAAAUGGUCAAAAAGAAACAGAAAUAGCUUCUAGCAAAGAGCAAUUUCGGAAGCAAGAAUUUAGCUAGGACUGUCUGGGAGUGUUCUGAGUGGGGAGGGGAAAACUAGCUGUUAUUGGCAGAGAGGUUUGGAACGCUCUUUCUUAUUGGUCUAUUAACUAAUUUAUCGCCUGGUGAUGCCACCAGGCUUGCCAAAACUCCAUCCCACCAAAUCAGGUUGAAAUUUCAGGCGGUCUUUUCAAACACCUCUUACACUAAAUGGGCGUUAUCAUUAUUUUCACAAUUUCACUGUAUUAUUCCAACCUCAGUGUGGAAAUAUUUAUAAAACACAGGAAAAUGAUGUUUUUUUUACAUCUCCUCUUCAUCACUAAUACUGGGGGACAGCUAUGAGUGGAAAAACAAACACUCUGUGACUAUUCUAAAAUUCAUUAAAUAAGAUUACAGUGAGGGGAAAAAAGUAUUUGAUCCCCUGCUGAUUUUGUACGUUUGCCCACUGACAAAGAAAUUAUCAGUCUAUAAUUUUAAUGGUAGGUUUAUUUGAACAGUGAGACACAGAAUAACAACAACAAAAUCCAGAAAAACGCAUGUCAAAAAUGUUAUAAAUUGAUUUGCAUUUUAAUGACGGAAAUAAGUAUUUGACCCCCUCUCAAUCAGAAAGAUUUCUGGCUCCCAGGUGUCUUUUAUACAGGUAAUGAGCUGAGAUUAGGAGCACACUCUUAAAGGGAGUGCUCCUAAUCUCAGUUUGUUACCUGUAUAUAAGACACCUGUCCACAGAAGCAAUCAAUCAAUCAAAUUCCAAACUCUCCACCAUGGCCAAGACCAAAGAGCACUCCAAGGAUGUCAGGGACAAGAUUGUAGACCUACACAAGGCUGGAAUGGGCUACAAGACCAUCGCCAAGCAGCUUGGUGAGAAGGUGACAACAGUUGGUGCGAUUAUUCGCAAAUGGAAGAAACACAAAAUAACUGUCAAUCUCCCUCGGCCUGGGGCUCCAUGCAAGAUCUCACCUCGUGGAGUUGCAAUGAUCAUGAGAACGGUGAGGAAUCAGCCCAGAACUACACGGGAGGAUCUUGUCAAUGAUCUCAAGGCAGCUGGGACCAUAGUCACCAAGAAAACAAUUGGUAACACACUACGCCGUGAAGGACAGAAAUCCUGCAGCGCCCGCAAGGUCCCCCUGCACAAGAAAGCACAUACAGGGCCGUCUGAAGUUUGCCAAUUAACAUCUGAAUGAUUCAGAGGAGAACUGGGUGAAAGGGUUGUGGUCAGAUGAGACCAAAAUCGAGCUCUUUGGCAUCAACUCAACUCGCCGUGUUUGGAAGAGGAGGAAUGCUGCCUAUGACCCCAAGAACACCAUCCCCACCGUCAAACAUGGAGGUGGAAAACAAGGGGACAGGACAACUUCACUGAUUUUUUUGUUGUUGUUGUUAUUCUGUCUCUCACUGUUCAAAUAAACCUACCAUUAAAAUUAUAGACUGAUCAUGUCUUUGUCAGUGGGCAAAUGUACAAAAUCAGCAGGGGAUCAAAUACUUUUUUCCCUCGCUGUGACUGAAAAGCCCUUGACUCUUGGCCAAAAUUCAUGCAAUUUCCUACUUAAACCUUUCAAAUUAAGUCUGAACAACAUAUAGACCUUUUUAGGAAAGUUAUGGAUAACGUGGUUUCAUUUGGAAAUUUGUGCAUGCUCAGGUUGACUUUUACAUGAAUCGAUCAAUUGGUAGAGCAUGGCGCUUGUAAUGCCAGGGUAGUGGGUUCGAUCCCCGGGACCACCCAUACGUAAAAAUGUAUGCACACAUGACUGUAAGUCGCUUUGGAUAAAAGCGUCUGCUAAAUGGCAUAUUAUUAUUAUUAUUAUUAUUAUUAUUAUUAUUAUUAUUAUUAUUUACUCAUAGCCUGUUUUCUUGUUUUUGCCUUUUGAUGUAGAUUUUAGAUUUAUUUGUAUGAGUUAGUUUCACAGCUAUUCAAGGACAUUAAAUCAACAGCUGUGUUUUGUGUACUUGACUUAAAGUCAAGGGUAUAUUUGAUCAUACUUGUGCUAACACUUGGGGUGAACAGUAUUUAGACUUGGCUCAUCCAUCAAAUGCUUGAAGUACAGUGAGGGAAAAAAGUAUUUAGUCAGCCACCAAUUGUGCAAGUUCUCCCACUUAAAAAGAUGAGAGAGGCCUGUAAUGACAGACAAAUUGAGAGAAAAAAAUCCAGAAAAUCACAUUGUAGGAUUUUUAAUGAAUGUAUUUGCAAAUUAUGGUGGAAAAUAAGUAUUUGGUCACCUACAAACAAGCAAGAUUUCUGGCACUCACAGACCUGUAACUUCUUCUUUAAGAGGCUCCUCUGUCCUCCACUCGUUACCUGUAUUAAUGGCACCUGUUUGAACUUGUUAUCAGUAUAAAAGACACCUGUCCACAACCUCAAACAGUCGCACUCCAAACUCCACUAUGGCCAAGACCAAAGAGCUGUCAAAGGACAGCAGAAACAAAAUUGUAGACGUGCACCAGGCUGGGAAGACUGAAUCUGCAAUAGGUAAGCAGCUUGGUUUGAAGAAAUCAACUGUGGGAGCAAUUAUUAGGAAAUGGAAGACAUACAAGACCACUGAUAAUCUCCCUUGAUCUGGGGCUCCACGCAAGAUCUCACCCCGUGGGGUCAAAAUGAUCACAAGAACGGUGAGCAAAAAUCCCAGAACCACACGGGGGGACCUAGUGAAUGACCUGCAGAGAGCUGGGACCAAAGUAACAAAGCCUACCAUCAGUAACACACUACGCCGCCAGGGACUCAAAUCCUGCAGUGCCAGACGUGUCCCCCUGCUUAAGCCAGUACAUGUCCAGGCCCGUCUGAAGUUUGCUAGAAUGCAUUUGGAUGAUCCAGAAGAGGAUUGGGAGAAUGUCAUAUGGUCAGAUGAAACCAAAAUAUAACUUUUUGGUAAAAACUCAACUCGUCGUGUUUGGAGGACAAAGAAUGCUGAGUUGCAUCCAAAGAACACCAUACCUACUGUGAAGCAUGGGGGUGGAAACAUCAUGCUUUGGGGCUUUGGGGUUUUUCUGCAAAGGGACCAGGACGACUGAUCCGUGUAAAGGAAAGAAUGAAUGGGGCCAUGUAUCGUGAGAUUUUGAGUGAAAACCUCCUUCCAUCAGCAAGGGCAUUGAAGAUGAAACGUGGCUGGGUCUUUCAGCAUGACAAUGAUCCCAAACACACCGCCCGGGCAACGAAGGAGUGGCUUCGUAAGAAGCAUUUCAAGGUCCUGGAGUGGCCUAGCCAGUCUCCAGAUCUCAACCCCAUAGAAAAUCUUUGGAGGGAGUUGAAAGUCUGUGUUGCCCAGCGACAGCCCCAAAACAUCACUGCUCUAGAGGAGAUCUGCAUGGAGGAAUGGGCCAAAAUACCAGCAACAGUGUGUGAAAACCUUGUGAAGACUUACAGAAAACAUUUGACCUGUGUCAUUGCCAACAAAGGGUAUAUAACAAAGUAUUGAGAAACUUUUGUUAUUGACCAAAUACUUAUUUUCCACCAUAAUUUGCAAAUAAAUUCAUUACAAAUCCUACAAUGUGAUUUUCUGGAUUUUUUUCCCUCAUUUUGUCUGUCAUAGUUGACGUGUACCUAUGAUGAAAAUUACAGGCCUCUCUCAUCUUUUUAAGUGGGAGAACUUGCACAAUUGGUGGCUGACUAAAUACUUUUCCCCCCCACUGUAUUAGGAAAUAACCACAUGCUGCAAAAUGCUAGUAAGGAUUUUUAGACACUAAUGUCAAUGUUUGUGUUAGACAGCCUAGGGCCAUACUUGCGAACAUUAGAAAAAGUUGACGUUUUAUUUCAAGUUUAAGCAUUUGCCAGUUUAAAAUAAUUUACGUAGUUGCACGUGAUCAAAGGCUACAUGUUAGCUGUUCCCAUUACAUAACCUGGAACAUUUAGCUCUAUGCUAAACUCACCAGUUGAUAGUGAUUAUUUCCUGUUUCAGCCUAUCAAAGAUCUUAAACUUUUUAUCCACAAAACAAUGGCAUUCCUUAAAAUAGGUAUACUUGGCCACCAGAAGGAAAUAUUUAAACCUCAAAAUUCAAGGUUUACUUUUGCUCCCCUUCAGACUUUUUUGCUUAUGACAAAAUCCCAUGUUUUUUCCUAUCCGUUUCACAUACAUUCAUGUUCUUUCACAGCAAUAAAGAUGUAGGCAGAUUAUACAACAUGUAAAUUUAAUUCGUACAUCGUAAAAAAAAAGUAGAAGACGCUCGUGAUGUUGUCAAAUAGCUGUAAUUUACCCUAGUGCAUCACGCCACCAAUUAGUGAUAGCCGUAUGUCGGUAAGCCCAGAGACGGCGAGAUACAACGGGCGCAAGUUCGAAUUCCCCUCGGGCAAUGUUUUUAAAUUGUUUAUAUAUAUAUUUUUUUUAAUGCUCCACUGUUGAUCCUCGUCAAAUAAUGCAUAUGUGACAAAGUAGAUGAUUAUCUCGGAUGAGGACAAACUUGCCGCAAAUGGCGAAAAUCACCAGGGACAGGCUUGCAACACUGAGCUAAUCGUCCAGUUUAAAAAUUGGUGUAUGUUUUAGCGACUUCGAUUAGCAUAUGGUGCCGUGUAGCUCAGUUGGUAGAGCAUGGCGUUUGCAACGCCAGGGUUGUGGGUUUGAUUCCCACGGGGAGCCAGUAUGUAAAAAAAAAAAAAAAUGGGGGGAAAAAUGUAUGCACUCACUAACUAAGUCGCUCUGGAUAAGAGCGUCUGCUAAAUGACUAAAAUGUAAAAUGUUUGACUGCUGUUAAGGACGCUCUAAGGAAAAAGUGUUCUAACACGUCCAACUACAUUGGCGAUUGUAAUUGGCUGAUAUGGAAUUUGAACCGGAUAUACAGUGGAUUCGUAAAGUAUUCAGACCCCUUGACUUUUUCCACAUUUUGUUUUGUUAAAGCCUUAUUCUAAAAUGGAUAUAUAUUUUUACAUCUACAUACAAUGCCCCAUAAUAACAAACUGAAAACAGGUUUUAAGAUUUUUUUUGCAAAUGUAUUAAAAAUAAAAAACACACACUACCGGUCAAAAGUUUUAGAACACCUACUCAUUCAACGGUUUCUCUUUUAUUUGUACUAUUUUCUACAUUGUAGAAUAAUAGUGAAGACAUCAAAACUAUGAAAUAACACAUAUGGAAUCAUGUAGUAACCAAAAAAGUGUUAAACAAAUCAAAAUAUAUUUUAUAUUUGAGAUUCUUCAAAUAGCCACCCUUUGCAUUGACGACAGCUUUGCACACUCUUGGCAUUCUCUCAACCAGCUUCACCUGGAAUGCUUUUCCAACAGUCUGGAAGGAGUGCCCACAUAUGCUGAGCACUUGUUUGCUACUUUUCCUUCACUCUGUGGUCUGUCUCAGCCCAAACCAUCUCAAUUUGGUUGAGGUCGGGGGAUUGUGGAGGUCAGGUCAUCUGAUGCAGCACUCCAUCACUCUCCUUCUUGGUCAAAAUUUGGACUCCAGACCAAAGCACAAAUUUCCACCAGUCUAAUGUCCAUUGCUCGUGUUUCUUGGCCCAAGCUAGUAUCAUCUUCUUCUUGGUGUCCUUUAUUAGUGGUUUCUUUGCAGCAAUUCGACCCUGAAGGCCUGAUUCACACGGUCUCCUCUGAACAGUUGAUGUUGAGAUGUGUCUGUUACUUGAACUCUGAAGAAUUUAUUUGGGCUGCAACUCUGAGGCUGGUAACUCUAAUGAACUCAUCCUCUGCGGCAGAGUUAACUCUGGGUCUUCCAUUCCUGUGGCGGUCCUCAUGAGAGCCAGUUUCAUCAUAGCGCUUGAUGUUUUUUUUGCGACUGCACUUGAAGAAACUUUCAAAGCUCUUGACAUUUUCCGUAUUGACUGACCUUCAUAUCUUAAAGUAAUGAUGGACUGUCAUUUCUCUUUGCUUAUUUGAGCUGUUCUUGCCAUAAUAUGGACUUGGUCUUUUACCAAAUAGGGCUAUCUUCUGUAUACCCCCCCCUACCUUGUCACAACACAACUGAUUGGCUCAAAUGCAUUAAGAAGGAAAGAAAUUCCACAAAUUAACUUUUAAGAAGGCACACCUGUUAAUUGAAAUGCAUUCCAGGUGUACCUCAUGAAGCUGGUUGAGAGAAUGCCAAGAGUGUGCAGAGCUGUCAUCAAGGCAAAGGGUGGUUAUUUGAAGAAUCUCAAAUAUAAAAUAUAUUUUGAUUUGUUUAACACUUCUUUGGUUACUACAUGAUUCCAUAUGUGUUAUUUCAUAGUUUUGAUGUGUCCACUAUUAUUCUACAAUAUAGAAAAUAGUACAAAUAAAGAAAAACCCUUGAAUGAGUACUUUUUAACAGUAGUGUACCUUAUUUACAUAAGUGUUCAGACCCUUUGCUAUGAGACUCGAAAUUGAGCUCCGGUGCAUCCUGUUUUCACUGAUCAUCCUUGAGAUGUUUCUAGAACUUGAUUGGAGUCUACCUGUGGUAAAUUCAAUUGAUUGGACAUGAUUUGAAAAGGCACACACGCCUGUCUAUAUAAGGUCCCACAGUUGACAGUGCAUGUCAUAGCAAAAACCAAGCCAUGAGGUCGAAGGGAGUGUCCUAGAGAUCCAAGACAGGAUUGUGUCGAGGCACAGAUCUGGGGAAGGGUACCAAAACAUUUAUGUAGCAUUGAAGGUCCCCAAGAACACAGUGGCCUCCAUCAUUCUUAACUGGAAGAAGUUUGGAACCACCAAUACUCUUCUUAGAGCUAUCCACCCAGCCAAACUGAGCAAUCGGGGGAGAAAGGCCUUGGUCAGGGAGGUGACCAAGAACCCGAUGGUCACUCUUGACAGAGCUCCAGAGUUCCUCUGUGGAGAUGGGAGAACCUUCCAGAAGGACAACCAUCUCUGCAGCACUCCACCAAUCAGGCCUUUAUGGUAGAGUGGCCAGACAGAAGCCACUCUUCAGUAAAAGGCACAUGACAGCCUGCUUGGAGUUUGCCCAAAGGCACCUAAAGGACUCUCAGACCAUGAGAAAGAAGAUUCUCUGGUCUGAUGAAACCAAGAUUGAACUCUUUAGCCUGAAUGCCAAGCGUCACAUCUAGAUGAAACCUGGCACCAUCCCUACGGUGAAGCGUGGUGGUGGCAGCAUCAAGCUGUGGGGAGGUUUUUCAGCGGCAGGGACUGGGAGACUAGUUAGGAUCGAGGGAAAGAUGAACGGAGCAAUGUACAGAGAGAUCCUUGAUGAAAACCUGCUCCAGAGCGCUCAGGACCUCAGACUGAGGUGAAGGUUCACCAUGCAACAGAACAAUGACCCUAAGCACACAGCCAAGACAAUGCAGGAGUGGCUUUGGGACAAGUUGCUGAAUGUCCUUGAGUGGCCCAGCCAGAGCCCGGACUUGAACCCGAUCGAACAUCUCUGGAGAGACCUGAAGAUAGCUGUGCAGCCAUCCAACCUGAGAGGAUCUGCAGAGAAGAAUGGGAGAAACUCCCCAAAUACAGGUGUGCCAAGCUUGUAGCAUCAUACCCAAGAAGAAGCGAGGCUGUAAUCGCUGCCAAAGGUGCUUCAAAUAAGUACUGAGUAAAGGGUCUGAAUACUUAUGUAAAUGUGAUAUUUCAGUGUUUUCUUUUUAUAGUUUUUUUGCAAACAUUUCUAAAUACCUGUUUUUGCUUUGUCAUUAUGGGGUAUUGUGUGUGUGUGUGUGUGUGUGUGUGUGUGUGUGUGUGUGUGUGUGUGUGUGUGUGUGUGUGUGUGUGUGUGUGUGUGUGUGUGUGUGUGUGUGUGUGUGUGUGUGUGUGUGUGUGUGUGUGUGUGUGUGUGUGUGUGUGUGUGUGUGUGUGUAUAUUGAUGAGAAAAUAUUUUUUCACAAAAAUCUAUUUUAGAAUAACAUUUACAUUUAAGUCAUUUAGCAGACGCUCUUAUCCAGAGCGACUUACAGUUAAGUAUAAGGCUGUAACGUAAGAAAAUGUGGAAACAGUCAAGUGGUCUGAAUACUUUCCGAAUGCACUGUAAUUAUGGGCGGCCACCUGGUGAGUGAAAUCGGGCUAAAUGGGCCAUGUUAUGUAAUGGGAACAGCUAACAUCACGUGCAACCUAAUUUCUAAUGUUCGCAAGUUUCCAUGGCCGAGCAGCCGCCCAUAAGCCUAAGAUCACCAUGUGCAAUGCCAAGCAUCAGCAGGAGUGGUGUAAAGCUCGCUGCCAUUGGACUCUGAAACAGUGGAAACACGUUUUCUGUAGUGACGAAUCAUUCUUCACCAUCUGGCAGUCCGACGGAUGAAAAUAGGUUUGGCGGAUGCCAGGAGAACGCUACCUGCCCGAAUGCAUAGUGCCAACUGUAAAGUUUGGUGGAGGAGGAAUAAUGGUCUGGGGCUGUUCAUGGUUCGGGCUAGGCCCCUUAGUUCCAGUGAAGGGAAAUCUUGAUGUAACAGCAUACAAUGACAUUCUAGACGAUUCUGGUCAUUUAGUGUAUCUGCAAUGUUGUAGACCAGUGUUUCCCAAACUCGGUCCUGGGGACCCCAAGGGGUGCACGUUUUGGUUUUUGCCGUAGCAUUGCACAGCUGAUUCAAGUAAUCAAAGCUCGAUGAGGAGUUGAUUAUUUGAAUCAGCUGUGUAGUGCUAGGGCAAAAAACAAAACGUGCACCCCUUGGGGUCCCCAAGACCGAGUUUGGGAAAUGCUGUUGUAGACGAUAACCAUUUGAUAAAGUGUUUGUUAACUUGCACAAGCUGCAUUUGAAGUGGCAUGGGAUCGUAUCCACUGCUAGGUAAACAAAUAUGUUUCUGAUGUCAAACUGCACGUGCAACAUUUCAUGACACGGCCGGGAAACGGGUCUGUAGGGAUGAGUAGAGAAGCUGGAACCUGUGCUUAUUGUGUGGAUGCUUCCCAUUUGACUCUAUCAGGUCAUGUAUUGUAUAGAGAUAUCCUGACACCUUGUCCUUUCCAUCUCCCACAGAGCCAUCAGUCCUCUGGGGAAGACAUGGAGAUCUCGGAUGAGGACGACAUGCCAGGCACGCCCACGCACAGUGGCGACUGUGCCAAAGGCAUCGUGGUCAACUCUGCUGUGUCCCCCAUGCAGUCCAUGCCCCUCCCACCCCCCGGCUUCCACCCUCUACCCCCUCAAGCAGGUUUCGGUCUUGCACACCACCUCUCUGCCGUCCCAGGCCCACACCUGGCACCUGGAGUGCCCCACCCCAUGCUGCCUCAACUCUACCCCCAUGGCAUGGUGCCCAUGAUGCAGAUGGAGCUGAUGAGCUGUCUGCCUCAAUGGGGCAGCGUUCACAUGUCCUUCCAGAUGCAGACUCAAAUGCUGAGUCGCAUGGCCCAGACCCGGGGGCCCUACCCCUACCCACACUUCAUGAGCACAGGAGGGACGGCUUCAGCUGGGUCAGCAGCCAUGCAGUUUGGGGGUCCCUACCCACCCUUGUCCAUGAGUAGCACCCCAGCUGCCAGUGCAGGGGGCCAUGGGCAGCAACCCUGGCCCCACCCCAGCAUGCCCAAGUUCAACCCUGCCGUUCCUCCACCGGGCUACGAGGCUAAGAAGGAGGAUCCUCACAAGGCCACCGUGGAAGGGGUGCUGCUGGUCAUCGUCAAGGAGCUGAAGGCCAUCAUGAAGAGGGACCUCAACCGUAAGAUGGUGGAGGUGGUAGCCUUUAGGGCCUUUGACGAGUGGUGGGAUAAGAAAGAACACUCAGCCAAGGUGAGUCAUACUUCAAAUCCAGCUCCUAUCUAGUCUCACUUCAGUCUCAUGUAAACAGUCAAUUCUGAGAUUAUGUGGAAUUUCUUUUACAUUUAAUGAAGCACAGGCCUGUCAAUGUUGGUUUAGCUCAAAUAUAUAUCCCUCAGUCUUUAUGCAUAUUUCUAAUGGUAGAAUAUGGCCAUUGUUGCUUGGAUACAAAAUAAUGUUUUUGAGGAAAGCCUCAUUUAAAACUCCUGGAAUGUUUUGUAUCAGAAAAGCUCAACUAACCUUGAAUUUUUGCGAAGUUGAGGUUAUGAGUGAGAAUUUAUUUGAAUGUGUUGAAAUUAUGGACUCUAUUGACAACAAGGUAGGCAUAUCAGAGUGAUAUAUUUAGAGAAUUUGGUUAGUUGAAUGAGUUUGGUUAAUUAAUAUGGGUGAAAUUGUUGAGUACAAAGGACAUUGCUGUGUGAACUGGCUAGGUUGUUGUACUUUGCUAUUUCACAAACUCUAGCUACCAUUUAAUUGUAAUGACAUGACUAUUCUAGCCAGGUAUUCUCCUGCGUUAACUAGCCAGAUAACAACCAGGCUUUCAUAUGAGUACCAUGUUGUUGUUCGUCCCCAAGGCGUCCCUGACCCCGGUGAAGCAUGGAGAGGAGGAGAAGCCCAAGCCCAAAGAGACCAUUGGCUCCAGUCUACUGGAGAACUGGAACAAGGGAGAGGGCCUAGGCUACGAGGGCAUGGGCCUGGGCAUCGGCCUCCGAGGAGCCAUCCGCCUGCCAUCCUUCAAGGUACCUCCAGACACUUUUAGGAUUGACUAAGAAGGGCUCUGGCGCUUUGUAAAAUAGUUCUAUCAUUUUAUAUUUGGCAAAAUGUAUUUGUCACAACUCAUUGGGAGAGAUUAUUAAUGUGUGUGUGUUCAGGUGAAGAGGAAGGACCCUCCUGAUGCUACCUCCACCGGGGACACUAAGCGAGCGCGGCCCUCCACGCCUGUGGAUGAUGAGCUAGCGGAGCUCCCAGAAGAUGGGUCCAGGAUGGACGAGGACAGCGCGGCGUCACGGAGACGACAUGCGCGGCCGCUGGAGCUGGACAGCGAGGGAGAGGAGGAAGUAGAGACUUCUGGGAAGGAGGAGUCCCUGUCCGAUAGGGAGGAGGAGCCUGACGAGACGGAGGCCUCUGAGAGGUUGUCGUCGGGCAAGGUGAGCUGUCAAUCAAAUGACCACAUGUCCUAGAAUGGGAGAUGAAGUGUUGACCAUCACAACCUUCAACAGGUGCUUCAGCUCAUUGGGAGAAGGCAACCUGAGGCAUCAUACUGUAGAACAAUGUUUUUAAUAAUAGCUUUUAACAUCUGGGAUUGGACCUUUCAGGAGAGUGGAGAGGAUGAGGACGAAGAUGAGGCGGCAUCAUCCAGUGAUGGUGAAUCAUCUGAGUCGUCAGAUGAGGGUAAAUCCACGCUGAUGAUGUCAAUGACUAUAGUUAUUUGCUAUUCUGGUGUGUAAACUCCUCUGUAACUUGUCCUAUUCUCUCUCCUCCUCGCUCCCACAGACGUUGCCAGUUCAGCGUCCUCUAAAGUCGACUCUGACUCCUCUGCGAGUGGGGACUCCUCUGACUAUGAAUCCAGUUCAGAGGAAGAGGCAGAGGAGGAAGAGGAGGAGGAGGAGGAGGAGGAGGCAGUGGUAGACGUGGAGAGUCUACCGGAUAAAGACGAGGACCGGGUUCGGACCUCUUCGUCCUCAUCCUCCUCUUCAUCUUCCUCAUCUGAGGAGGAGGUGGAGCCUAAGGCGCCCAGCACGCCCCUAGGCCCUCCCCCAGAGGACGAGCCCUCAGAGCUGGCUGGUUUAGAGGAGGACCAGACGCCUAGGGAGGGGCUGAAGCUCAAGCCCAACCACAGAUGCCUCAGUGAGGUGGAGGGGGCAGCGGAGCCUGGCCGGACCAGCCUGGAGGACCUCAGGCCCCCUUCACCCAAAGGAGUCCCAGGUCUUAACCCUCUCCUGUUACCUAACCACACAAGCCUUGUGUUUCAGAUGCCAUUUCAGAUGUUACACUCUGCAUAUUGCUUUUAACUGACCGAUUGUCUUGACAUGUUGGUUGUCUUUCAGCUGAGGAGCCAGACAUUGACCUGGAAGUCACCAUCCCUGUAUCGAAGACGGAGCCCCAGGACGAUGUUACUAACCUGCGGCCGCCCACCCCGACAGGCUCCCUGGCUGACAGCGACCAGGACUCUCGACCCAAGGCCCACACAGAGGACAAGGAUCUGCCCUGUACACCAGGUAGAGGGGCUUCCAUAUCCCUGGAGCCCGACACAGCCCUCCCUAGAUCCCUAGUCGUCCCACCUAUGCUCCUCCCCCCUACCCUAGCCAUGGGAGGCCACUCCCUCCUGCUGCCGCCUCCCGGCCCCAUUCCGGACCUCCCCCUCCCCUUUAGGGCCAGGCUGUCCACAGACGAGGAUGUGCCCCGCACCCCUGGCAGAGACCUAAGGGGCCUGGGCAAGUCCCAGAACAGCACAGAGAACGUGCCCGUCACGCCUGGCAGCGAUGCCCCUCUGACUGGCAGCAGCCUGGCCAGCCUCAGCUCCCCCCACAUAUCCGGCAGCCCCUUCUCCUACCCUGCCCAGUCCCCCAUCCUGAGUACAGGUAUCCCCCGAACCCCCGGCAGAGAUCUGACCUUCACCCCUGUCUUCCCAGACCACACAGCCCUGGCUGCUGGCCUUCCCAUCCACCGGAAAGCCUCUUCAGAAAGCCCGCUGUUCAAGGAGCCUCCACUCAGCACCUUGGCCAACCAGACCCUGCCCCCCGGCUCCCUCCAGGGACAGGCCUUAACCAGCGUGCAAAAAGACCUGCCUGCUGUCCCGGCCUUAGACCUCCCGGUGCCCCCUGACGCAUCCCCGCCUAAGAGGAAGCCUGGGCGACCCAAGAGUAAAAAGGCUGCAGCACUGGCAGCUCUGGCAGCACUGACUUCUCCUAAGACUGAGUCUAUGGAGCUCUCGGUGACUCCCACCUCCAUGCCCCCCUCUUUGCCUCACGAUGCCCAGCUCAGAGAGCUCUCUGCAGACACGGCUGCUGCAGCCACUCUUCCUGACAUCCCCAGGUGCGCUGGGCUAGACACCUUCACUGUGGGCCUGGACUUCCGGGAAGGGGCGUCAGAGCCGCAGACGGCUCUGCCCCAUGACGACCGGUUCCUCCCCUAUGAAGAAGAGGAGCGCGUGCAGAAGCCAGCCCGUAAGGCGCGGCGAGGGUGGGAAGAGCUGCUGCUGGCCAGCCACUCGCCUGCGACCACGCCGCCGCGGCCCCACUACGUUCCGCGCUCUGAGUUUGAGGAGAUGACCAUCCUGUACGACAUCUGGAACGACGGCAUCGAUGAGGAGGACAUCCGGCACCUGCAGGUCACCUACGACAAGAUGCUGCAGCAGGACAACGGCAACGACUGGCUCAACGACACGCUGUGGGUCCAGCACCCUCAUAUCCUUUACUACUGGCUGUUGAUAACAUUACUGCCCAUUUUUGCUAGUACAUUAAUUUUUGCCUGUAGCUGUAUAGCAACUAUAGCAAUGAUAGGGCCCUCUACUGCCUCUACUCGAUUACAAACAAGUUAGUCUCUUUUUGUCCUAAAGUGUUGUUCCUUUGUUGUUCUUUUUAGUAUUGCUUAGUCAUCAAGCAUUUUAGAUAGUAGUAAAUUAGAAAUGUUUUGUCAUGGUUCUACCAACCCACGGUUUAGCCUUCUGAUGAUUUCCCUUGACUCCCCUGUACCUACCAACAUCCCGGCGGUGAAGAGGAAGAGGAGGGACGAUGGCAUGAGGGAUCACAUGACUGGCUGUGCCCGUAGCGAGGGCUACUACAAGAUCGACAAGAAGGACAAGAUCAAAUACCUCAACAGCAACAAACACCUACUGGAGGAGGGGCCUAUAGACAUGCAGGUGGGUUUUAGCAGAGAGUGGGCUGAUGGGCUUAAGUUCACAUCAGCAAGGGUGUCUGUUCAUCUGUUUGUGUCUUGAUGCGUCCGUUUGCCUUAAGGUGUAGUAGGAGCUUGUGGAGUAGAAGCUCAUUGUGUUUUCUUUCUUAAUUUCCCCUCUAUCUCCUUCUCUCCCUUCCUCCGUCUCUCUCUGCAGGGCAUGAGUAUUCCCGCACAGCCCCUAGUCUCCACCAGAGCUGGCUCUGAGCGUCGGUCUGAACAGCGCCGCCUGCUGUCCUCUUUCAGCUGUGACAGCGACCUGCUCAAGUUCAACCAGCUGAAGGUACCAAAGGCCAAAUACAGCCCACACACAACCACUAUGUUCGUUGACACUGAAUGUCAGUGCAAUACUGUCACUUCAAAAAAAAAAAAUGUUUUAUUUGUAUUACUCUUCCCCAGUUCCGUAAGAAGAAGAUUCGGUUCUGUAAGUCGCACAUCCACGACUGGGGCUUGUUCGCUAUGGAGCCAAUUGCUGCUGAUGAGAUGGUGAUUGAGUACGUGGGGCAGAACAUCAGACAGGUGAGUAGAACACAACUGUCUUCUCAGUCUGAGGGAGGUUAUGUGCAGACAGGAAGCAUUAUAGAGAUUAUCCAACAGCAAAAACAUGUACUUUGUGCGGGCUGCAAAUCAUAAUGUCAUACAGGUGAGUGGUAACAGGCUGAGUGUAAACCUAUCCAAUCCUGUGACCAGGUGAUUGCUGACAUGAGGGAGAAGCGUUACGAGGACGAGGGCAUCGGGAGCAGCUACAUGUUCCGUGUGGACCAUGACACCAUCAUAGACGCCACCAAGUGUGGUAACUUCGCCCGCUUCAUCAACCACAGCUGCAAUGUAAGUGUCUCCUCUCAAUCAAAACGUAUUCUAGUCAAUGAAUUGACCCAAUUUCACAUUGCUAGGCUAGCAAACACAUUGAUGCUAACACCGCUGUUUUGUUCAUCUUCUCAGCCCAACUGUUAUGCUAAGGUGAUCACAGUGGAGUCCCAAAAGAAGAUCGUCAUCUACUCCCGACAACCCAUCAAUGUCAACGAGGAGAUCACCUACGACUACAAGUUCCCAAUUGAGGACGAGAAGAUCCCCUGCUUGUGUGGGGCAGAGAACUGUAGAGGAACGUUGAACUAACGUUAGUCCCUGGCGAAGGGGAAAACCUCCCGGAAAACAACAAGCACUGUCCCAACCAACGUUGUCCCCAUUCCCUGGACACGCACACAGAGACACCAUGCUAAAAACACAAGGAGAAAAGAGUAGGGGUGGAAGAACCAGGAGAUGGAAAACAACCCAUCAUCUGGAUACAGCGCAGCUACCUGUCUGGGACUCUUUUUAUACAUGCAGAUGUUAACUCAAGAUUGUUUACGAUUCCAGGUGCUCUUUAAAACGGACAUAAACUUGGGUUUUCUACUACUCUGCCAGUGACCCUUGAAUUUCCACAAUGCUGUAUAGCAUCUGGCUUCCUGGUGCAGCACUCUUAAUUGUUUGUCUUCCAUUCAGGAUGGUUCCUCCCAGGUCUGGUCUUGGCUUGUACAGUUUUACCUACUCCCACUUUUCUCAUAAGCUUUACGGAGACCACACGUGGUACGUAGCCCCCCAUUCUAUAUAUAUAUAUAUAUAUAUAUAAUAUUACACACACACACACACACACACACACACACACACACACUUGU